AUGUGGAAAGAGAAUUAUCCUUCAUCGCAUGCUUUAAAACAUUUGACGCCCAUCAACGAAUAUGUUGCGAGCGACUUGAACAACCGGAGCGGAACCAGGCUCGAGACGUUCGGAAUAUUUGUUUUUCCGUCCCAGCCAACCACCAGCCUGGCCUGCUCAGCCUCCCCAGGACGACAUGCCGGCUACGGGGCUCUGGCACCUACUGCUACUCAAUGCUCCCCCCUCACAGAUGGCAAGAGCACAGAUCGGCGGCUUUCAACUCAUUGGCUGCGGACGGUAUAUUCUGAAAUGAGCACUCCUUUCAAGUCCGUCGGCUUUUCUGAAUAUUGCGUGUUCAACGGCCGUGAGUUCAGGCGCAAAAGGGGGACGCAACAAUGGAUCGAAUCCGAGGAACUCGAAGGCAACUUGCCUACACUAGACCGUGCACUACGCCUCUCGCUUAUCCAGCAGAAUCAAGCCGACGACGAACCCCAGCAUUGGUCGGCGUCUUUCUCAAAUGCAUACAACCUUGCCGUCGUCACGGACGCCCAGGCGCUCAUUGUAAAACAGGUGGCCGAGAACGAACCCCCUCCGAGAGCAGUAAAUCGACAGGCUGUUGUGGAAAAUUGUCAAGGCUGGACCAUCCGAGUGAUUGCUAAACUUGUGGCCAGAGGUAUUGUGGACAGUGCUAAGCUCGAGAUGGCUAGGUCCAUGGUCCAACCAAUCUGA